AUGAAUGGUGCCGUCCAUGUCCAGAAGGAUUGCAUCGCAUCUCGCAGACCAGUCGUCCGAUGGACUCUGCUGGCGGUCAACCAGCCCGCUCGAUAUUAUCUCGUGCCCGCGAAAAUUUGGAUGGUCCCCAGGCAGCGUCCUCAAGCUCCGAAUCAGGGGCUGCUCGGCUCCAAGAACAGCCAAAAUGCCCGUGCCCAAUUCUUAUCUCAACCGCCACGCAAGGCUGUCGAGCAACGUCAACGAUGCGGCAUCGCGUCUGCUUACAUUUGUUUCGUGGUCGAUUGCCGCACUUCCAUGUCCAGAACAUCGGAGAGGAGCCGGCCGCCAUGA